AGAGCUGAAUCGUCACUCGUGCUGCCAAGCCCCCUUUCCCCUACAAAUCUGCCCUGUCUGGUUUAGUCCUACAUGACCUGCUGAGACUGGUUGUGCUUCCACGCUUCAUUCCUCCUCCUGGGGCAUUAAAGAAUAAAAAGAGAGAUGAAUUUGUGCAGAGCUUUACAGAGGUUUUCUCCUCUGACCAGAAACUCCAUGACACACCGGGUAAUCCUGCACAGAGACGUUGUUCCUCGGAGGCUCAUGUCAUCGGUUCCUGGUAGUUCAGGAGAGAACCUGAUUUUCGUGGUGAUAUGUGGCGGAGCCUUCGCUGCUGCUUCGACUUACGCGUACAGGACCGUAUCCACGGACAGCGCCCGUUUUACCGACCGCAUUACAGAGAUCAGGGCACGACCCAAAGACGAGUGGAAACCCAAACCCUGGCCACCACAGAGUGCUGAGGAAGCAUCAGAAGUUGCCGAGGUAGAGUCUCCAGCUGAUGCAGAAGACGCAGUAGAGGCAGCACCGGCGGUCAUAGAGGUCGUCGCUGAAGCUAAAAACGAGAAGCCGUCAUCCGUGGUGGAGACGGUCGCCGAGACGGUUGCCGUCGUCGUCGAGGAGGCGGGCGAGGAGGUGGCGGCGGUGGCUCACAAGGUGGAGAAGAUAGCAGAGGAAGUGGAGGCUGCAGCCAAGGAGCUGGAAAGUCCUGCACUUUCUGUCGCGGAGGAAGCAACUGCUGAGAUCAACGAGACCACAGUUGAGGAGGCACCAGUUACCCCAGCUGUAGAGAAAGUCCCAGAGAGUUUGAUUGUAGCAGCAAGUGAGGAUCAGCUCUCAGGAGAAGCUCAGGUGGUGGCUGAUGUGACUACUCCAGAUGAAGCCACAGCACCCCCUGCUGCUCUGGAGGAGCCAGAGCCUAAGCAUGAAUUUGUGGUAGUGGUGUUGGAGGGAGCCCCCAAAUCAGAAAAGAAGCACAAGGUUCUGGGUGUUUCUCCCAUGGUUGGUAGGAUUAUCCCAGCUCUAGAGGAUGAGGAACCAGCAGAACAGAUAACAGGGCAAGCUCCACCUGCCUAAGAUUCCGAUGCUCUGAUACGAGGGUUAAUAAGAAGACCUGUUGUUGUUCACCUGUUUCUUGAUGAAGGCUAAAGGAUGUGACUUCCUCUGUUUAAAGCCCCAUCUGUCACUUAGACGUUACUUUCAGAUUGGAUGGAUUGACCUGCACUGCAUGGAUUAGACCCAGACAGACACCGGAGCCUCUUCAUAUGAUACGUCGUUAUUCUGUUUACUUGUAAGAUGAGACGAAAACUGAAACCCGUCAUCUAGUAUUAGACAUCAUUAGACAUUGUCUAAUUAACAGCCCUUGAGAUGAAGUGUGUGUGUGUGUGUGUGUGUGUGUGUGUGUGUGUGUGUGUGUGUGUUAGAGCUUAACACUCCAAUAUGAAGAACUAGUGAAGAUCAUUUCAUAUUCGAUAUUUAUUCUUAUUUCAUCUCACAUGGUGAAGUUUUAUUUAUAACUCCUGGAUGAUGAUCCUGUAAAAAGCUGUGAAAUAGGAAUUUGGAUGUUCACCAGCUUUCUUUUCUAUCUGUGAAAGAUCUUUUUUUGGUUAGGUUCAGAUUUUUAUAUGAAACCCAACUAUUUUAUAGUAUUUAGGAAAUUUCUCAGUGCAGCCGGACUGGAUCCUGACACGCCCAGGUGUAUUACAACUCGGUUCUACCUCAAAAGAAACCACCGUUUCACUUCUGAUCUCUUUCAUUUCCUCUGUAUAUGUUUAAAAAGGUUUAGGAACCUAAAUGUCAUCUUGUUUUUUUUUUUCCCCUAUUGUUUCACAUGUUUUUUUUCAGUGUUCGAUGGAUAUGUCGAGUUUAUUUCCUUGCUGUCAUGAAGUGCAGGGAUUACACGUAAAUGUUGCAUUUUCAUGUUCUCAGAAAUAAAAAAGUGUAUAAUGGUGA